GCAGUCCAGCAGGAAAAUCCGCCCCAACCGACCCGUCUGAACAACACCAGCACACCGAGGCUGGGAGACACGAAGCUGCUUUUUAACCCCAAAAAGCUGCUAAAAUGAGUAAAAUCGCGAAGUUAUUCAAAGGGAGCUCCAGCUCCGGUUCUUCCGGCUCUUCGAAGUCCAAAUACAGCCGGUCCAGAGGAGGCCCUUCCCCGCAGGAGGCCAUCCACAAACUGCGGGAGACAGAGGAAAUGCUGACCAAGAAACAGGACUACCUGGAGAAGAGGAUCGAGCAGGAGCUGACGAUAGCCAAGAAGAACGGCACCAAAAACAAGAGAGCCGCCCUGCAGGCGCUGAAGAGGAAGAAGCGUCUGGAGCAGCAGCUGACGCAGAUCGACGGCACUUUGUCCACCAUCGAGUUUCAGAGAGAGGCUCUGGAGAACUCUCACACCAACACUGAGGUCCUGAAGAACAUGGGCUUCGCUGCCAAGGCCAUGAAGCAGGUCCACGAGAACAUGUGAGAGAACUGAGCAGAAAGGAAAUAUAAUCUGUGUGUUGUUUUGAUCAGCUGUGUGUAA